UAAUAACCUUAGACCAAAACAUCAGUUGUUUCCUCUGGACACCGUUCACCUUCAUUGUGGAGAGAACAGCAGCGUCAUCAUUUCACUAGAAGUGCUCCAACGGAACCUCCUUCAGUGUAAAUCGUGACAAAAAUGUCAACUAUUCCUUUAAAACUUCUUGAGUAGUAUAUGAUCUUCAGCCUCAGAAAGUGAAGCAAUUCAGCGGGAAGUGAGUAAAGUUUGGACCGCUCUGCGGCGUCGUGGAAAGUUAAUAACCUACAAAACUUGUGACUGAGUGAACAGGAAGGGAAAUACAAGUAGAUAGAAGUAUCCUAUUUCAUUCAAGCGAUCAAAAUGAGCGAAAAGGGUUGCUGUGAUUCACUAUGUGAGUGUUUUUUCGACUACUACACGUCAAAAAUAUUGGUGAUAAGAAGCAAGAAAGUGGGAACGCUGAACCGGUUCACUCAAGCUUUAGUCAUAGCCUAUGUCAUCGGGUAUGUGUGUGUUCUUAAGAAAGGCUACCAGGACACGGACACCGUCCUCAGCUCUGUCACGACCAAAGUGAAAGGCAUUGCUCUUACAAACACCACCGAGCUGGGUGAACGGAUCUGGGAUGUGGCUGAUUAUAUCAUCCCACCGCAGGUAGUCAGUCGAUUUGACGAAGAGGAGGAGGAUGGCUCAUUCUUUGUGCUGACCAAUAUGAUCAUCACCCCAAAUCAAACACAGUCGAAAUGUGCUGAGAAUCCGACCCCAGCAUCCAUAUGCACUUUUCACAGAGACUGCAAAAGAGGCUUCACUGAUGCUCGUGGAGAUGGUGUUCGGACUGGCAGAUGUGUCCAUUACAAUGACACAGUGAAGACUUGUGAAGUGCUGUCCUGGUGUCCUCUAGAGAAGAUUGUUGAACCCCCAAAUCCACCACUUCUGGCAGAUGCUGAAAACUUCACUGUUCUCAUAAAAAAUAACAUUCGUUAUCCCAAAUUUAAUUUCAACAAAAGGAAUAUCCUGCCAAAUAUAAAUAGCUCCUACUUGACACAGUGUGUGUUCAGCCAUAAGACAGACCCUGACUGCCCAAUCUUCAGACUCAAAGACAUUGUUGAAGAGGCUGAAGAGGAUUUUCAGACCAUGGCAGUCCAUGGGGGUGUGAUGGGAGUGCAGAUCCGGUGGGAUUGUGACCUUGACAUGCCACAGAGCUGGUGUGUACCUCGUUACACUUUCCGCAGACUAGACAACAAAGACCCUGAAAAUAACGUGGCCCCCGGAUACAACUUCAGAUUUGCUAAAUAUUACAAGGACCGUGAUGGCACAGAGACUAGGACGCUUAUCAAGGGUUAUGGUAUUCGCUUUGAUGUCUUGGUAUUUGGCCAGGCAGGAAAAUUUAAUAUCAUACCAACACUUCUGAAUAUAGGUGCAGGCUUGGCACUUUUAGGCCUGGUGAAUGUUAUCUGUGAUUGGAUUGUCCUGACAUUAAUGACAAGAAAGCAACAUUACAAAGAGCAGAAAUAUACAUAUGUUGAUGACUUUGGACUUUUAUCCAAUGAAGAAACAUAGAAGAUCUUCAGGCUACCGCCUUCAACACUAAUUCUAUGCAAAUUUCAUCAUGAAGUUAAUGUAUUUCUAAGGUUUACAAAUACAGUUCCAAAUGAACAAUCAGAGUAAUACCGUAAAUAAAAAAAUAUAUAUAUUUGGAUAAAA